AUGGUCGAUGCAACCACAGGUCAUGGAGCCUUAUCUUUCAUGGAUGGUUCAUCUGGAUACAAUCAAAUAAGAAUGUCGCCAGAGGAUGAAGAACUCAUAGCCUUUCGCACUCCGAAAGGAAUUUACUAUUACAAGGUGAUGCCAUUUGGCCUCAAGAAUGCAGGUGCGACCUAUCAAUGUGCAAUGCAAAAGAUCUUUGGUGACAUGCUUCACAAGAAUGUUGAGUGCUACGUUGAUGACCUGGUGAUCAAGUCAAAAAGAAGAGAAGAUCACUUGAAAGACUUGAGAAUGGUGUUCAACAGAUUGUGGAAGUACCAACUCAAGAUGAACCCUUUGAAGUGUGCUUUCGGCGUCACGUUAGGUAAAUUUCUCGGUUUCAUCAUUAAGCAUCGAGGCAUCGAAGUAGAUCAGUCUAAGAUUAAAGCAUCUGAGAUAUGCCCGAGCCAAGAAAUUUAUGUGAGUUGA